GAGAUUGUUGGAGCAGAACUACUGAACGAAAUCAGACAUUGCAUCUUCAGUUGUCACCAAGUUUGCCAUCGGAUUGAAAGAGUUGAACUCGAAGCUUCCUGCCUGCGGUGAAGUGGAGAGGGAUACAUAAUUCUCCCGUAAUAACAGACAUGGGCUUUUUAGUGACUUUGCACCUUUCCUACAAGUUCCGGUUACUGUUGCUUUUUCUCUUAGGCCUGACAGUGCUUGGGUGGGCCACCAGUAACUAUUUUGUGGGUGCUAUUCAAGAGAUUCCUAAAGCAAAGAAUUUCGUGGCUAAUUUCAACAAGGUCCUAGUCUGGGAGAAGGGAGACACUCUGACUAAGGAAGCAUCCGUGAAAGAAGCAGACCUCAGCAACUGCCCUGCUGUGUCUCCAUACCUCAGGGGCCAGAACAAGCUCGUUUUCAAACCAGAUCUCACUCUGGAAGAGGUGGAGGCAAAAAAUCCCAAAGUGCACAGAGGCCGGUAUCAGCCCGAGGAAUGUAAGGCUUCACAGCGGGUCGCCAUCCUCAUUCCACACCGGAACCGAGAGAAACACCUGCUGUACCUGCUCGAACACCUCCAUCCCUUCCUGCAGAGGCAGCAGCGGGACUAUGGCAUCUAUAUCAUCCACCAGGCUGGAAGUAAAAAGUUUAAUCGAGCCAAACUCUUGAAUGUGGGCUAUCUAGAAGCUCUCAAGGAUGAAAAUUGGGACUGCUUUAUAUUCCACGAUGUGGACCUGGUGCCCGAGAACGACUUGAACAUUUAUAAGUGUGAGGAUCAGCCCAAGCAUCUGGUGGUUGGCCGGAACAGCACUGGGUACAGGUUACGUUACAAUGGAUAUUUUGGGGGUGUUACUGCCCUUAGCAGAGAGCAGUUUUUCAAGGUGAAUGGAUUCUCUAACAACUACUGGGGAUGGGGAGGCGAAGACGAUGACCUCAGACUCAGGGUUGAGCUUCAUAGAAUGAAAAUAAUCCGGCCAAUGCCUGACGUGGGUAAAUAUACAAUGAUCUUCCACACUAGAGAUAGGGGCAAUGAGGUGAAUAUAGAACGGAUGAAGCUCUUACAUCAGGUGUCACGAGUCUGGAGAACAGAUGGAUUGACUAGUUGUAUUUAUAAAUUACUCUCUGUGGAUUAUAAACCUUUAUAUACCAACAUCACAGUGGAUUUCUGGACUGGUGCAUGACCUUGGAUCUUGGUGACAUUUGGAAUAACUGAAUAUUUUAUUGCAAUAAUUUUGGACUAGAGACUUUCUCUAGUAGCACACAUUAAGAACUUGUUGCAGCUAGUUAUUGAGCUGAAUUUUUCCUUUUUGUAUUUUCUUAGCAGAGCUCCUAGUAAUAUGGAACGUAAAACAAUUGAAAGAAGAUAGCUUUCUUGGCUGUUUUUUUCCUUUAGUGUUAAAUCUUGUAAUACAGAUACUUGAAGGACUGAGUAUAAAAGGACGAUUCAAAGAAUACCAUGAAGCCUAGCUCCCUGAGAACUUUAAGUUUGAAGUAAUACAUUACGGGCUAAGAAAGCCCAUAGGAAAUAAGAUUGCUGAAUGUCUCAGAGAACCAGAAUUGUUCUCAUCUGUGGUAGAAAGGUACGAAGAAGUCUGUUUGUUAUUCAUUUAUCCUGCAUGGUCGUCUGUGAAGAGCUGGGUCCCAGGUGGGAAGAAGGCUGCAGAAGAGAGGAGAGGGGAAGAAUCCAGAUGCGGUAAACUCGGGGAUGAAAUGUUGGGAGGAGGACAGUGAUGGAGAAGCAGCCACGGCUGUGCUGGUCACCGCUGCUGCUACCCUGUUCUGGGGUCACCUGUCCAGACACGCCUUCCAGGAAUAGCCCAGCAGGGAACACAUCAUCUACUAGUUUUUAAAAUAUUUUUGUAAAAAUGAUUUUGUACAUGUAGGAUCUGAAUUAGCCAUUUACAGAUUACAUAUUAACUAAUAAAAGAUCGAAAGUACCUCUGUAGUAAAAUAUGGAAAAGCUU